ACACCCAUUGUGCCGGUUGUAAAGAAGAGUGGUGCUUUACGCAUCUGUGGCGACUUUAAAGUCAGCAUAAAUCCAGUGCUCCAAGCAGACCAGUAUCCGCUACCCCGGAUAGAGGAUAUCUUUGCCUCAUUGGCCGGUGGCCAGCAUUUCUCUAAGAUUGACUUAGCGCAGGCCUACCUCCAAAUGGAGUUGGAAGACUCAUCAAAGAAAUAUCUAACCAUUAACACCCAUAAGGGGUUGUUUCAAUAUAACCGUCUGGUUUUUGGGAUAGCGUCAGCCCCUGCUGUAUGGCAAAGAGCCAUAGACCAAGGUCUUCAAGACAUCCCUGGCACUCAGUGCUAUUUAGACGAUAUUCUUGUGACAGGCAGUGAUGAAAACACACAUCUGACCAACCUUGAGACAGUCUUAAAGAGGCUCUCAGACUUUGGACUCAGAGUGAACAAAGAAAAAUGUGACUUUUUCAAGGACUCAAUUGAGUACUGCGGUCACAAGAUCGACAAAGAUGGUCUUCACAAGGCACAAGAUAAGGUGGAUGCAGUCUUGAAGGCACCCAGGCCCGAGAAUGUCAGUCAGUUACGCUCCUUUUUGGGCCUUGUCAAUUAUUACGCCAAAUUUUUGCCAAAUAUCGCAACGGUGUUACAUCCAUUGAACAGUCUGUUACAAGUGAAAACUGUAUGGAGAUGGACGAAGUCGUGCGAACAGGCGUUCAUGGCAGCAAAGCAACUGACAACGUCAGAGAAAGUGCUGACGCACUACAACCCAAAUUUGCCACUUCGUUUAGCCUGUGACGCAUCACCAUAUGGGAUUGGCGCUGUGCUUUCCCACAAGAUGAAGGACGGCUCUGAACGGCCUAUUGCCUUCGCCUCCAGGUCUUUGAACAAAGCUGAGCAGAACUAUGCCCAAAUUGACCGUGAGGGUUUGAGCUUAGUCUGGGGGGUUAAGAGGUUUAACCAAUACCUGUAUGGUAAACACUUCACACUGAUAACCGACCAUCAGCCUCUAGUGGCUAUCUUCAACCCCAGCAAGUCCGUCCCUACCAUGAUGGCGGCACAUCUGUAGAGAUGGUUAUUUUUUCUAGGAGCUCAUGAUUACACGAUUGAGUUCAAAGGCACCAAGCUUCAUGGAAAUGCAGAGGGCCUUUCUCGCCUUCCCCUCGAGUCAGGUGGCACGUCUGUGUUUUCAGAUCCAGCUGACCUUUUUCACAUGACGCAGAUGGAGAAUUUACCUGUCACUUUCCUGGAGAUGAAGAGGGAAACGAGUUGUGACCCCACAAUGGUGAGAGUUUACGACUUGACGGUGAAGGGGUGGCCUCGGAAGGGUAAUCCAGACCUACCUGAGUAUGCAAAACGACGAGAACAGUUGUCCAUAUGCCAAGGCUGUGUGAUGUGGGGCACCAGAGUUAUCAUACCACCAAAGCUUCGAAACAGAGUGCUAGAGUCUCUUCACGAUGGACAUCAAGGUGUGGUUAAAAUGAAAAGCCUGGCCAGAAGCCAUGUCUGGUGGCCUGGCAUUGACCACGAGAUUAAAGACAUGAUAAAGUCAUGCUUGGGAUGCCUGCAAACUCAGCGUUAACCACAGGUAGCUCCACCACACACCUGGGAGUAACCUUCAACUGUGUGGCAGAGGUUCGCAGGUCCCUUUCUGGACAGAAUGUUUCUAGUGGUUGUCGAUGCAUACUCUAAAUGGUAUGAAGUGUUCCCUGUGAAGAAUGCCACAUGAGCAGUGACGACUGAAGCUCUUCGUACUCUGUUUGCUCGUGCUGGACUGCCACAGCAGCUAGUUAGUGACAACGGUAGCCAGUUUACUUCAGAGGAAUUUCAGAUGUUCAUGAAGGGAAAUGGAAUUAAGCACAUUACCACCGUGCCAUUUCACCCUGCAACAAAUGGACUUGCAGAGAGAUUCGUCCAGACCUUCAAACAAUCCAUGAAAGCCAUGGCGAACACCAAAUUGUCCAUAUCAGAGAAACUGGCCAACUUCCUGUUGUCGUACCGCAACACAGAACAUUCCAAAACAGGUCAGACACCAUCCGUGCUGUUCAUGGGGAGAUCCUUAAGAUCCCGUCUGGACCUUCUAAAGCCAGACCUGCACCGGGACGUGUUAAAGAAACAAAGCAGUCUGAUGAAAAAGCAAUUACCCUUGAGAACCUUCCAUGAGGGCCAGCCCGUACUUGCCAGAGAUUAUUGUCAUUGGAAUCAGAAGUGGCAAACUGGUGAGAUAGUUUCCAAAACGGGCCCACUUACUUACACGGUGAGAGUACCACCUGGACUGAUCUGGCGCAGACAUGUGGAUCAGUUACUGGACGCUAGAACCCGUCACUCCACCAGUAAUGACCAAUCCCGUGAUACAGACUGUGCAGACAGUUCUGAGGACUUCACACCUGGUGACCCACCGGACGAACCCCUGGAAGAACCACCAGAUGAACCGAAUGCAGAGACUGCUCCAGGAACGGAUAGCCCAGCUGCUUCUUCCAGACCUGUUCUGGAUGUACCAGAAAGGCGAUAUCCUGAAUGA